CGACGGAUGAGCUUCACUCUCCUCAAGAACCUUUCUCUCCUUCACACUAGAUCUUCGCUGGGGUGCUCAGAUCAUCCUGACUUUAUAUUGAGACGGUCUUAGCUAUCGCUCCUCUUGCCUGGGUGACUGUGCCCAUUGCCUUUCAUUUCGACAUACGCGCCCAGGGAGUAACGAUUCAGCCACUAGCUUGCGACGAGCAAAACGCACUGCCUUCCUCACACACCAUUUGAUGACUUUGUCACAAGAACCACUCUCUACUGUGUUGAUUUCAUAGGGAAAUCAGCAUGGCCUAUACAGAUGAUGCCGUGAAGGCGAAGCUCUCCGCGCUCAACGAAACGCAGGAAGGCAUUGUCACAGUUGCGCAAUGGGUGAUGUUUCACAGACGGCAUGCCGAACGGACAGGACAACUCUGGCUGCAAAAGCUCCGCGAUUCGCCAGCACCGAAACGUCUGAACCUGAUAUAUCUGGCUAAUGAGGUUGUACAACAGUCAAAGGCCCGGCGGAAGGAGGACUUUGUCGUCGCAUUUUCACCGAUUAUCGCAGAGGCCACGGCUAUCGCAUACAAAGGCUCCUCAAAUGAUAUCCAGCAAAAGCUUCGUCGGGUGGUCGAAGUGUGGAGACAACGACAAAUCUUUGAGCUUCCCAUCCAGGAGGCUGUAGAGGCUCGAGUUGAUGAAAUCGAUAAGUCGCGUUCUACCGGUAAAAAGCCCUUGCUAGGAGGCUCUCUUUUCUCAAAUUCGUCGGUCUCAACACCACCUGAGCUCCAGCCUCUGGUGCCGCUACAAUCAACCCUUUCCAAAGUCACACUGGCUUCCGUGGGACCAACCGCAAUAGCUAAUGGGGAGUAUGAUAAGCUUCAUGAUUCCAACACACCUUUGCCAACACCCCCAGUCCAUGCUGCUCGACUAAGUCAAUUGUUGAAAGCCCUUGCGAACGCAGAGAGCUCUGUCUCAGAGGUGAUCAGAUCACGCCGCUUGCUCAUCGACGGUCUUGAGAAGCUACUCGAAACCAAUCGCUCAGCCUUGUUGAAGGAGCAAGCAACGGCUGCGCAGCUGAAGGAAAGAAAAGCGGAGACGGAGGCGACGAAGCGAGAGGUUGAAGAUGGGAUCAUGCGGGGGCUUUCUGCUGAAAAUUCGCCCGCGGUCAGCCACGGAGAUCCUGGGGUAGAGGGAGAUCCUAUUUCCCGUCCUGAAGUUGAGGCCCUAACUCCCCCGCCCGUAGAGGCCCUUACUCCUGUUGGUUCCCCCAAACAGGCAGCACAGGAGACAAAUUCUGGUGCGGCACCUACUCAACCCCAGAUUCUAGGUGGCUUCACCCUGCCAGGAUUCGGAAACUCCAUCGAUUCUUCUUUUUCGUUGGCAGGCCUCCCUUCUAUGGAAAUGAGUGAGCACCAACUGGACGGCUCAAAUGGGCUUCAUGCCAAAAAGCGCAAGGUUACCCACGAAGAGGAGGAUUAUGCCCAAUUCGCCAGCGGCGAUUUAGAUGCAGAUGUUGCUGAGCUUCUUAAGCAAGAGAGUGAUGCCCAGCAGUAGGCUCACUGAAAGUCCCCUUCGUGGCGGACCACCUUUUGAAAACCAUUUGUUCGAGCUAUUUACUGAAGUUUCUCAUUACUAUUAUCAUCGAAUACUGAAAUGCGAGCUAUCGAUAUAUAUCUGGAUCGCCCCAUUUGUUUCUCGCGGCCCGUGACAAGGAUGGACGUCUGUUCCGGCGGGAUAUGGUCAUGAAUGCUCGAGAAGCCACAGCGGGCGGCUGUUCAUUUUGCGGGGGAGGCGGCGCCGGUGCCGGGGCCGGUGCCGGGGCGGGAUCCGGG